AUGGAAGAAACUGUCAAACAAGAAUUGUCAGUGUUUUUACACUGCCAAAUAUCCGCAGAAUCGUUAAGGUAGGUUGCUUUUCUGUCCUGUAAACGUUCAUUGCAAGUCCUAUUCCGUAACGAUCUACUAGGUUGUAGCCAUCAGCUUUACAAAUUCAUCCAGUAGUUCGAUCUCCUUUAUAACAUUUUCCUUCGAAGUGUAUCACUAACCGAACUGUAUCAAUAAUUAAUUUAUUGAGAUUAUAUUAACAGGCGAAUUUGAGACUAUCAAAGCCGAGAGAAAAUAAGAGCCAGCUUAGCCUGUUCCAGGGUUCAGAUCGUGGGGACAGCAAAGAGAGAUGUGUCCUCCUUUUUUUCCUUGCUCUCUUAAUACAGUGAAACCUUUAUAAAGCGGACACCCUCGGGCAAUGCUGUAGUGUCCACUUAAUGCAGGGUGUAGGCCUAAUACAGGUUUCGAUGGAUAACAUUAUACGAGGUGUCAAAUGCCAUUCAAAUGAACAGUGGAAAUUUAGAAUACUCCCAGAGACUAUGACAAUAUACGUUUGCAAUUUCUUUAUAAAUUUAACCCAUUCGCUCCUGGAGAUUUUGCUGAAAAACACGUUUUGAAGCUAGUCGAGUGGUUUUCUGGUCACUGUCGUGCUAUAAAGAGCUAAAACUUACCACAAACCGGUUUACAGGUUGUACACUUCGCGGCCUUCUGAUCCAGAGGCAAAAUAUCAGCUUGCGAAGUUCGGGCAUGCGCAGAAAGCAAAAUUUCGAGAUAGUUUUGGGUUUAAAAGUGACAGAGCAGUCUUGACUUUUACUUUUCGCUUUCUCUCCUCCCUUCUUUUUUCGCUUUUCUUGCCUCAUUUUUUUUUCUCUUGCUGGGCAUUUAGUAGGCUUCAUUUUGGUUGGAAGAGUUUUUAGGAAAGCUUUUAGGAUCUUAGGAUUAGGUGAAAGCAAAGGUAGGUGAGCAAUGGAACAACUAAAAGUACCUCUAAAAGUCCAGUUACAGUGCACCAAAAAACGAAGAAAGAGGCCACACCUUGACUGAAUUGUGCUCAUUCUGGUAUGGUUUGAAAGAUCUCUUCACUCUACACAAGUUGCCGAAGAAAGUUGCCCUUGAAUGUUAAAACUAAUGACGUCACAAAGGGUAGAAAGGACCUCUAUCCGCACGGGCGGUUACGGGCGGUUCAGGGGCGAAUGGGUUAAAAGAGGACCAAUAAUUGAUCAUAGUACCAUAAACAAAGAUUGCAACUCAAAUUUGAAGAACUCAGAUAAGCGAAACAAGCUCUACACAAACAAAAUGAAAUAGAAAACAAUACUGUACUGUGAAACUAAUCAAGUCAUGUCUUUUAGUGUAAAAAUUGAAAAAUUUGUGAGUGGCAAUCUUUUGCAUUUCCAGUGUCUGGCAUGUUGGGUGGUGGAAUUUAAUCACAAGUGUCUGUUAAAUACAGGUUGGCAACAAUAGAAAUGACCAUUUCAAGUAUUUUUUAGGUGUCCGUGUCCCCUUUAUAAAGGUUUCAUUUAAAGUAAAUAAGGGAAAUAAAUUUGGGGACUUCGGCUACUGUCCGCUUAAUACAGGUUUCACAGUACUUUGUGCCGCACUCCAAUAUCUGAACGCCUGGAACAGGCUAGAGCCAGCCUACCUAGCUUAGGAAAACAGCCAUCAUUCCUCACUUGUCGUCCCUAGCUAUAGGAAUGUCACCAGGAGAGAUGUCCGUGACUCAGCGGCAGAAAUUCUAUAUUGAUGACAUAAAAACUGUCCAGAAUUUGGUCAGGAGCUCUAAGUGUAUAUAAUUGUAGCUAUUGUUUACUAAUGACAGACAUAUGGCAAAAGUCCACAAAGGUAAAAUGUAAAUUCAAUAAAUCUAUAAGAAAGCUGAUUCUCAUAAGAACACAAAACCUUUAGUUACCAAAAUGGACCAGAAGAAACCUAAAAUCAGACAAAUUUACAUUUGGAACCGUAAUUACUGCCAGAGCAAUAAAUUAUGUAGUCAUUGAUUUACAUCAUCAGUAUGGAAUAUCUGUUACUCACGCGCAGCUGUCUCUUUGGGUGAAAUGUCCCUAUGGAGCAAGGCAAGACAACUGCUUUCACAGGCUAGAGUUAGCCUGUUAAAAGCCUUUUGAUGUAGAGAAUUCCAGUCAGUAAAUAUUUUUGCGGAUUGAGGUGAUAAGCCAACAACUUCUGAUGAACAUGUUCUUUAAUGAACAGUUUACACUACCAUACAAGAAGAUAAACUGUCCCAUACCCCUUUGUCCCGAGUUUAAUUUAUUAGCUUUUAUUUACUUUUUCUAAAAUCUUCCAGGUUUUCUCAAUUCCUUCCUUAAGUUAAGUAUAAAUUUCUGGAUUUCUUUGCAAUAUGUCUCAGCUUAUUCAUUUAAAUUCAAUUGAAAGUGUAUAAAUGGAUGCUUUGCUUUUAGGCUUGGUUAAAACCACAGUAUGUGUUAUUUAAUUCUGUUUGGGUUCAUUCCACAUUUAUCCUGAUGGUUUUCAAAUUGAACACCCUCUGAUCCUUUUGUCUUUUAGCUGCAUCGAUGACAUUGUACUUGGAUACAUAGUUAGUGUACUGGAGCAACUUGGAGAAGAUGAACAAUUUGAUGAGGAAGAGUUUGCUGAAAUAAUGGAUGCUUACAUUCCAGGCUUUGAUACAAUCAACAGGUUGUUUUUCUGACAAUAAUUCAUGUACCAGUAUUUGUAAUGUUCUUUAUCAUGUAUCUUUACAGCACUGUAUGAGUGAUAGCUGCUCAAGAAAAUAAAAAAAAGACAAGGCUGUGCUCUUGCUGCACCUGGUGGCCCCUGGUGCCUACAUCUAACAUUAAUUUUUGUAAAAGCCUAGUUUUUCCAUGGAAAUCAGAUGCUGCCCACCCUGGUAUUCACAGGCUCAGAGGACUGGGCUCCCUUCAAUUUUUCUUGGAGUACAGCCUUGAAAAAUAAAAAACAUUGAAACAUUCAUGCAUGAACAGACCAUUAUUAAUCUUGCUUGCAUAAGCAGUGGGACUCAUAAUCUGCAAUGCAUUUUUCAUCAUAUUUAGGACACAAAAGAGGGGUCAUUGUGCAUGGCAUUCCUAGUGGAGACCAUGGAAACUGGGACUAAGAAUUGUUGCGUUAUCAAAGCUACGCAUGUUUUGCAAAGAAAGCAUAGGAAAGAUUAAAUUUAGAGCUCUUCCAAAGCCUGUCGGUCCACAAAUUCUAUUGCUUGGAACAAGCGAACACUAUUGAGUUACCGAAAAAAAUAAGAAUCUUAAUUAGCAAAACUGCGAUGAUCGGGUGUUGUAAACUUUCAUUGUGUGCAAAUAGGUCUUGUGAUAAGCAUGUGCUUUAUUUUCGACAAUGAUUGAAAUGACGAGCCAUGUAAAUUACUUUUUUGAUCUCUGAUGUAAUAAUUACAUCAGAGAUCCAAAAAGUAAGAAAUUAUUUCUCUGGAAUCGAGGGCCUUUAAUUUUGGUGUAUUUAUACCCGCGUAUUUCCAGUCGUUGCUACCAUACGUCCUAAAUUAAUUCAGAAACAAAUAAAAAGUAUUGAUGUCAAUAAAGUAGGAAGUAAAAACCUUUUGCAAGUAAAUCCUGUUUCGUGUAGAAUUAAUCACCUCCUCAUUUCUCGAUCUAAUCUCCAAGCAAGCGAGACUGAAUGCCACUGUAAGAGCAGUCUUGUUACAUUUGUAGUAACUAUGAACUUACCAGCAUGCAGUGCUAUAGAGGUACGGUGGACCCUUAAUUAUCUAGACUUGUCUGAAAAUCAUACAAAAGGCUUAUUUUAGGUGUUACUUUAGAGGUAUCAAAACAAUCUAGUCUGCUACACAGCGAUUUUUUGUGACAUCACACAACGCUUGUCCCCUUGUGGAGAGGAGCAUUGCUUGACAACGCAAAAGAUGGCUGUGUUUGGGUCAGAUCUGGUCAACCCCUGUAGCUCACUUAAUUAUAAAUGACAAAGACAGAGGUUAGCAAAAGGUUUACAGGGGUGGACCUCAUCUGAUCCAUGCCAGGUUUUCUUGACAGACUUAAUCUAGAAGGUGGCUUUGGGGAUCGAGCUUCUGCAAAGUGAAAAAUAAUGUUGCAUAAAAUUUAUGUAAUAUUGGCCACUAAAAUAAAGAAAAAAUUUAUUCAAAAAUCAAACAAAAAAUACUGUUGACAUCACAUUUGAAUGCUACUUUCUCUCCAGAAGAAAAUUACUUGUACUUCUGUUUCAAAACAAUGACUUGUUCUAGUACUUUAAAAUAAAAAUCACUACUUGAAUAGAAAAAAUAAUAACAAAUACAUUGUACCAGUAUUUCUUUUGGUAAAUAUACAUGAACAAAUUUGUGACUAGGAAAUACUGCAUGUAAACAAAACACUUGAAAUUUUGCUGCAUGCACUACCCAAAUCCAUAUGUAGCUGUAUAUGUUACAAGUUAAAUUUGAUUUCAGGUUAAAAUUUUUAAACCUCGGUCCAUUCUCAAUUUCCUUUGUCCCUCAGGGCUAGGAGACAAAAGAAAAUUUAAAAUCAAAAUUAACCUGAAAUCAAAUUUUACCUGUAACAUACAUUUACAUCCGACAUUCCCCUGUUUUAGAGCGUGUGUCUGUAGCUGGAUCCUUGGCUUGGCUGAGAAGUUAGUAUGCACUAGGAUGUCAUCAAGCAGUAAUCACGUAGAAGGUACAUUAUUUUUUUAUAUUAGCUUUGGUGUUACUUGCAGUCCAACAAACUCAGCCAGGGUCACUGACACAAAGAGAUUUGGGGUGCUACCCAUUAACAUGGGCUAACCUGUCAAGGUAAAUGGAAGUGCCCAUGUUUCCAUUUUUGGGGUUGCUUGUAAACCACUACUUUUAUGUGAAUGUGAAUGUGUUUUUUGUUGGCUAACCCAGGCAGGUCUCAGGUAUUUUGAAUAUUAUUGUAUUAAUAAAUUGUUAUUAAUAGUAACACUUAUUUCACUGUUGAUCUUAGAUUCUUUAGUGGUUCUUUACAAUACCACAGCAUACCCAAACCUAGAUUAGUAACAGGCAGAAUUGUCAUAACAGAGAUAACUUUUUUGGGGGGGGGUGGGGACGGUCUUGAGUCUUAACAGAGUAUACAAAUUCACUGUUGACGGUGUAAAUAUUGGCAGUGUAUGGUCUAGAGUAUGUACACUUGCUGCUGGGAAUGUAUGAUACUAACAAUUUUGUUAAAACAAUCUAGUUAUAUGGUGUCAAAUUACCUUAACCAGGUAGCUUAGUGAAUAGUUUUUUGACUUAAGCAGAGUUUUUAAAAGCCCCUGGCAGCUUACCUGUACCCAAACUUCCCUUUGCACUUUUAGUCCCAAAAGUGAUCAACAUCAAUUUUCUCCUAAGGAUGUCAAUACGAAAUCAAGAGAAAAGGCUAUGAGAAUUUAUAAAAUGUCCAAUGGUUUUUAUCAAGUUCUCUCAACUAAUUCUGUAACAAUAUUAUAUAUAGGAUCUGUCUCAAGAAUUCGUUUGUGGAUAUUGGGACUAAGAAGUUAAGGGGCCUUCUCCAUUGUCAAUCAAAAUAAUUACUAUUUAGACCUUAUAGUCAUGGCAAACUAAUUAAGUUUGUUUACCACAAUUUUUUGUAAUUACAUUUGCUUUCAGAAGCCAACACAUUGAAAAACACAAACAGUGUCAGCUUGCCAUCCAGAUACAAAGAAGAUCACCAGAAGAAAAGUUCCUUGGAUGGGAACAGCAAUUCCUCAUCCAGUGAUUGGGCAACAUCUUCAUUGAACAGUGAAUCAAGAUGUCCAAGUCAGGGAAUCAUUGACAACAUAGCUGAAACUAUAGCAGAUGACAAGAAAAAAAGUGCAAGGUGUGGAAUGCCACACUGGUUGGUUAUUUUUUAUUUUUUUUUAGCAGAUGCAGGGUUGUAAACUAGCAUAAUUAUCCUUAUAACACCUACAGACCUUCAAAUUAAAAGCAAAAAAAGAAACCUGCAAUUUAGAAAAACACCUGAGUACAACUGCAUAAUUUGGAAAUUAAUUUAAAUGAAGUUGUUUCUUAUUUUUUACCAUAGUGAAGGAGUAUCAGUGCUAGCAGAGAUGUUUCCUGAUGCCUGUUCUUUAGACAUAGAACAUUGUUUGACCAUUGCAAAUGGUGACACUGAGUCUGCUGUUCAACUAAUGCUCUUAAAGAGUGAGAGAAGUACUGCAGUAGGAAAGGAGAACACCCAGGAAAUAUUAGAUUUCUCACCAAAGGUACAUAUAUGUGGACAGAUACAUACUUUCAGAAAAUCAGUAAUGUACUGAGCCAUUUUGUCUGCCCAGGGGGGUUGAUUGGGUUAAUUUUUACUGGGUACAGUACAUGCAGCUGGCCUCUCAGAACCCCUACCCCAUUAUAGUCUAUUCUGUUGCCAAUAAAUUAUAGACCCCGUCUUAGUCACUUUUGAGCAAAUGAAAUUUUGCCAAUCCAAAUUUACUCACUAGGUGACUUUCUGUUUAUGUAUCUACCUUACAUGUAUAAAGCCUUUUAACUAGGGCAUCCUGAAAUGAGUUGACACAUUUGUGAAACCUGAUGCAGUAAGAGUCUCCCCAUUUCUAAAUCCCUACCUUCCUGAAUUUUCUGACCCCCCAAUUCAUGAAAAAUGUGUGACCCUAUUCUAGUAACUCUAUAAUUAAAAAUGCAAUCCCAUCCAGUGGCACAUCCCCAUUAGCCUAUUACUUGGAAUUCCCCCCCCCCACCCCCUCCUGGGUUUGUUUGCCUGUAGUUCAUCCACUGAUGGUCUGAAAAUCACCUGAAGGCUAUCUUACACUGUAUCAGUAUCUAAUCUAAAGUUUUAAUUGGCUUAAAAUCAGUUUGAGCUACUCUAAGACUAACCAACUUAACAAAAAUUCUAUUUCAAUAAAGAAAUAUACAACUCUGGAACCGUUGCUUCUGGUGGUGGUAGUAGUCCACCCUAAAAUUACACGCAGAGCAAAAUACAUGAACAAAUUUUGAGGUAGAAAAUGAGAGACAGUUACUUCAGUUUUAGAAAUGAAACUAUAAGGGAUCAUCAGACUGAUUAUUCUCUUGAAAAUAUUGUACUUAACGUGUGCACUGUCACCUGUGGGUAAUGAUAAUGAAUUCUUCGUAACAAGUGAAGAGAUACUCACAUGCCAUAACCAUGAAGCUGACCUUCACAAGUGCGCAUGAUAAAAAAAUCAGUAUUUCCAAUUUAGGGAUACUAGAUUUAGGCUAAAACAAUCAGCAGGCUCAUUCUUUUCAGUUGUCAGAAACAGUGGUAUCACUCAGUAUAUUGUACCAAAAUGAAGAUAUGUUAAGAUCAAUAUGGUAUGUGUUAAUAACACCCUGUAAUUUAAAUAUUCAAUGAUUUGCAGACCCAUUGUCCUAGUGCAAAAAGGCAAGAGUUAAAAGAAACAGAACAAAAGCACCUUAAAGAGCAACUGAUGGCAAGGUAACUUGUCCUUUUACAUGACUAAACAUGUGACAAAAGGCUGGAGGCAUAGGGAGUCUGAUGUCUAAUUUCAGCUCUUCUAUUUGUUAUACAUGUGUGUUUGUUGAGCUUUGGUUUGUGCUUUGUCUGGGGUAGAUUGAGCCCUGAAAGGUGAAACAUUUGAAACAGA